AUGGAAGUGGACACCCGAGACCUCGAAGCAGCGCCAACAUCUGCGUCGGACACAGCGCCCCUGCUCGCCCUCCCCACGUUCAUGCCCACCACGCCCUCCCCGCCGGCCAACACCAGCCUCACAACCCCUCCCGCCGAGCAACCGAUGAGCCGGCCUGGAGGCGGCCGAAAGGUGUGCUACGCGUGGCACGGGCUCAACCUGGGCUAUGGCGUCUACCUCGCCGUUGUCGCGGGCGCGCUGGGCGUUGGCAUGGCGGCCAACGGCGGUGCCAGUUGCGAGAGCCACCUCCGCGCGUGGGCCUCGUUCGAGAUCGUCUUCUGCGUGCUCGGCGUUCUCAACGUGGUGUGGAAACACAGGAGAGUGCCGCAGCUGGUCGUGGACCGCAACGCGCAGUCGGACGACGUGUUCAUUGCCGCCUCCAGAUUGGACAUCGCUGGAGUCUACAGCGGCGUGCUGCUCAAUGUGGCCUGGAUAGUGUGGCUCGUGUUCGGCUGCAUCUGGACCUUUGAGGAAUCCAACUGCGUGUUGGAGUUUUUGUUGAACUGUGCCACAAUGAUAGAGGCGCACUUGGUCAUGGUGGGAACGCUGGUGGCUGUGAUCUUGUGCGCCGCGUCGGCCAUGCCUGUGCUCUACUUCGUGCGGCCGGAUCUCUUCAACGAACCGUCGCGCGGCGCCACCAAGUCCCUCAUCGACCGCACCACCAAGCGGACCACCUACCGACCGCCCGCUCAGCGGUCAUCCCGCGACAACGCGGACAACGACGAAGAGAAUAAGAAAGAGAAAGAGAUAGAGAACGAAAGCGAAAAGGUGGACGAAGGGGAGUCAUGCGCGAUCUGCCUGAGCGAGUACGUGGCGGGAGAGGAGGUGCGGGAAUUGGGCUGCGGGCACAUGUUCCACGCCAACUGCGCCGAGGCGUGGCUGCAGACCAACAAGACCUGCGCGGCCUGCCGGCGGCCCAUCGACCAAGCCGCCUAG